AUGCAGUGGGCUAGGGCUUUUCGGCGCGGUCGAGCAGGCCUCCAUGACGAGGGUUACCUGCACCGAGCUUGGGGUCAUGACCACGACGGCAGAGGCUUCACCGGCGGCGACCUUGUGCAUGAGGUUCACCGACUGGCUUGUGGCUACGCUGAAGGUGACGGGCUGUCCCAUUCUGAUGGUAACGGGUGUCGUGACGGGCUCAGAUUUGAUGUCGGCGAGCAGCAACGGCCGACCGAGGCUCCUCAUUCGAUGUCGGUAUCCCCACCAGCGGCCUUAUUUCUUUCUCGUAGUGGGGCAUGUGACGAGGGUUAUGGUUUGGACAAUCGUUCGGUGGUGUUUAAUGUGGGUGAUUUUGUUUGUGUUGGUUCCCUGACGGACGGACGAGUCGGUCCUUACGAGGUUAUCUAG